AUGAUGUCAACAGAGCCAGAAAUUAGUCCUAAUCUGCAAGAAACUAUGCCCAAACCCUCCGAGACAAGCACUUCUACAGCUUGGGGAUUUCAACCACCCCCAAGUUAUACAAGCCUAGGAUACCAAGCCCAGAGCGGUCUGCCUCCUCCCAUCAUUUCUCCAGGAAUCUUUGCUAGCAAUCAGCUUGAUCAAGGAAAUAUACAGAUAUUAAACUCUAAUCCUGCAAUGCCAGCAACAAAGUUUACUGAAGAAGCAAAAUCACUUGGGGCGAUUCAGAUCAUUAUCGGAUUGAUGCACAUGAGCUUCGGAGUUGUUCUGGGCUUAGUAUGUUUCACCUACAGGGAUGUUUUUGGUUUUACUUCCAUCGCCUUUCUCUCUGGAUAUCCAUUCUGGGGUGGCCUCUUUUUCAUUAUCACUGGUGCACUCACUAUAUGCGCAUCCAAGGACCUUUCCUCCUGCCUGGUAAAAAGCAGCCUAGGGAUGAACAUUUUUAGUGCAAUCCUUUCCUUCACUGGAGUGAUCCUACUGCUGGUGGAUGAGAGCAUCAAUGGCUAUUUCAGUCAAGAUUACUGGGCAGUGCUUUCUGGAAAAGGAAUCUCAGCUGUGCUGAUCAUCUUCUCCCUUCUGGACUUCUGCGUAGCUUUCACCACAGCCUACCUGGCCAACCAAGCAGCUGCCAACAUCCAGAGGGUGAGUCGGGCCUCACCUCUAUCAAAUAAUCUAUGAACUGGAGAACUGAAGGCUUGAGUGUCUGCCGAGUCCAACCGUGGACCUAGCUGACCAUUCUUUCUACUGGCCUUGGUGGGAUGGGACUCAGAGAGAGGGCUGAUUAGGAUCAUCAUACUAACAAUACUGCUUGUUGUAUUCAUUGUUUCCAGCC